AGCUCUCUUGAGUACUCCCGAACAAUAACCUUUGGUAUUCGGUAAGCCGCUAUGAAGUUAGGCACUACACUACUAAGACAAACGCCGCGGCUUACUGAAUGCGGAUGAUCUUCAGUCUUUUAGUCGUCCCUGCAGGGCACGCAAGAGGAACAGCUUGGUUUUAGCUCUUGGGUGUUGUUAUUGGUCGAACCUGGCGGGGAUGCAUUUAAUUGGCUGAAGGUAACCGAACAGCUUGGUGAAGAUGGCGGCGCUGGGCUCACCCAUCCGUACUUUUCGUGGUCUUUUGCGCGAGCUCCGUUAUGCGCAAGGAGGGCGCUCCUACCGGGAGGCAGCGGCUUAUCAGUAUUUGAAGAAAGCCUUCCGCGCGCACCGGGUAACCAGUGAAAAAUUAUGCAGGGCUCAGCAUGACCUCCAUUUCCAGGCUGCCACCUAUCUCUGUCUUCUGUGCAGUGUCCGGGAGCACUUAGCAUUGCAUAAAGAAUAUCAUGGCAAAGGAGAUCGUACCCGUCAACGAAUCAAAUUCAGUGAUGACAGAGUGUGCAAAAGUCACCUUCUCAACUGCUGCCCUCAUGAUGUCCUCUCUGGAACAAGGAUGGACCUUGGAGAAUGUUUGAAGGUGCACGACUUGGCAUUAAGAGCAGAUUAUGAAAUCGCAUCCAAAGAACAAGACUUUUUCUUUGAGCUUGAUGCAAUGGAUCAUCUACAGUCAUUCAUUGCUGAUUGUGAUCGAAGAACUGAAGUGGCAAAGAAAAGACUGGCUGAAACCCAAGAGGAAAUCAGUGCUGAAGUUGCAGCCAAAGCUGAACGAGUCCAUGAAUUGAAUGAGGAAAUUGGUAAGCUGCUUGCCAAAGUGGAACAACUUGGAGCUGAUGGGAAUGUGGAAGAAUCUCAGAAAGUAAUGGAUGAAGUGGAGAAAGCAAGAGCAAAGAAGCGAGAAGCAGAGGAAGUGUACAGGAAUUCAAUGCCUGCUUCCAGCUUUCAGCAGCAGAAGCUUCGAGUCUGUGAAGUAUGCUCAGCCUAUCUUGGUCUACAUGAUAAUGACAGGCGGCUUGCUGAUCACUUUGGAGGAAAAUUGCACUUGGGUUUUAUUGAAAUAAGAGAGAAGCUUGAAGAACUUAGGAGAAUUGUGGCUGAUAAACAAGAGAAACGAAACCAAGAGCGUCUAAAGCGAAGAGAAGAAAGAGAGAAGGAAGAAAGGGAGAAGCUAAGGAGAUCUCGAUCCCAUAGCAAGAAUCCCAAAAGAUCAAGAUCCCAAGAUCGCCGUAGACAUCGAUCUCGUUCCUCCUCACGUGAACGAAAGAAAAGAACUCGCUCCAGAUCCCGUGAGAAACGUCACCGUCACAGGUCUCGUUCGACCAGUCGUAGUAGGAGCCGCAGCCACCAGAGAAGUAGGCAUAGUUCCAGGGACAGGAGCAGAGAACGCAGUUCUAAAAAAAGAUCCUCAAAAGAAAGACCUUCCAGAGAUCAAGAACGAUCAAGAGACCGUAACAGAACAUCACGUGACAAAGAAAAGAGCCCCAGAGAAAAGUCGCCUAGAGACCGAGAUUGCAAAGACAGGAAACGUUCCUAUGAAAGCGCUAAUGGCAGAUCAGAAGACAGGAGAAGCUCAGAGGAGCGUGAAGCAGGAGAAAUAUAACUGGCUGUACAUUCACUUGAUCCUUUAGCUUCCUAUGGAGUUGCAUACUGUGGUUUAGUUUACAGUUAUUCAAAGGGACACCAGUGAGCAGUUCCACACACUGAUCCAUUUAGGAUAGAUGUACAGUGUAUAAAAAUGGUUAUAAUGAAGUCUGAAUUGACCCUUUUCAAUUGAUGACAGCUAAAGCAGUGUCCUUUUUCCUCCCUUCCAACAAACUUAUACAAUAUUAUUUUCAAAGAUCUUGCUUCAAAAAAGACAAUUUUAUGUACCAAGAUGUAGAUCUCAAUGUUUUAUUCUCCUUUUUCAAUACAAGUUAUAGUGAACAAACUAUAUUGUGCUAUUUGCCUUGGAUGCAUUCAAACCUUUAUAAACUCCUCUGAUUUUCCUCCAGUCCAAACAGCAGCACUGAGUGGUUUUUAAAGAGGGAGGGAGGGUCCCCAAGCUUUACUUAUCACUAUAAGAUUGUGUUCUCGGUUACUUCUUGAGAGCCUAGAUUUGGGAGUAUGUUUAGACAGGUUGUGUGAUGGAGAAAAUUGAAAGUUUUUUUUACAGUGCCUAUUUAGACUUGGAAAUUGAACAGCUGUUGCAUUUCAUCCUUUUAAAAAAAAAAUCUACUGAAACCUUGAAAUCAAAGCCAGUCCCAUAUCUCUGUACCACUUGGUUGGUAUGUGUUCAGUAUACUUGGUUUUUUUCCAUAAGACUUUUUCUGCUUUUCUUGCGGGGUGUUAACUGCACAUCCUUAAUUGUAAAAAAAGAAAACCACCAACAAACCAAUCAUAAUAAAAAUAAAUAAAAAAAUUAAGAAUUUUGUCCAGUGAAAUAGCUGUGUGUUUCCCGCUCCUU